AGUCCACAUUUAGCUAGUACCCGCACCUGAUUUCCAAUUUCUCUCAAAUUCACCAAAUUUUAUUUAUUUUUCCCCAAAAUUUGAAAUCCCUAAAAUUCAAAGCAAAUUGCAAAGCCAUUCUUGUUCUUCUUCUUCUUGUCUCUAUAGUCAUCUCCCCUUUUUUUGUAAAUACUUUCAAUUGUUGCACUUGAGCUAAGGGUCUUUCGGAGACAACCUCUCUACCUCAGGAGGUUGGGGGCUCUGCUGCUGAAUAUUUAGGUUUAGGGGGAACCAAUUUUAUGGAAUUUGAAUGCCAAAGUGGUACUAAGGUUGGUUUGAAAGAUUGCUCUAGAGAUUGUGUAGACUACUCCUGCAGAGGAAAAGCUGAUCCUAGUUUUAUUGAACCUUCGAAGAACCCAAAGAGUUCCAAAUUUAACUCAGAGAAGCAAAAUCCAUUGAGGAGAUUGGAUGGGAAAGGUGGUAGUUUGAGUUUGGAAUGCGAGGAGUCGCUCGCUGUUAAUGAGGUCCUGCAUGAUUGUCGGUCUAUUACUGACCUUCCUCCAGCAUUGAUCUCAGAAAUACUUAAUUGCUUAGAACCGAAGGAGCUUGGUGUUGUUUCGUGUGUGAAUACGUCAUUGUAUCGUCUUGCUUCGGAGCACCAUGUGUGGAAGGAGUUCUAUUGUGAAAGGUGGGGGCAGCCAAUAUUGCUGGCACCUUUGGGCACAGAGAAUGCGGAUGAGAAGUCGUGGAAGGAGCUUUUUGUGGAGAGGGAGUUCCGUAGUAAAACAUUCAUGGGACGCUAUAAUAUUGAUACAUUGUAUGGUCAUACUGAGGCUGUCAGAACAGUUUCCGUUUUAUCUUCAAAGAAGCUUGUGUUUACCUCAGGGUACGAUCAGAUAGUGCGAAUGUGGAACAUGGAAGAAGGUUUAUCUAUUGCAUCAUCUCGCCCUCUUGGCUGCACUAUUCGUGCAGUUGCAGCUGAUUCAAGGCUCUUAGUGGCAGGAGGUACAGAUGGAUUCAUACAUGGUUGGAGAGCAGAGGAUGGAAUUCCACAUCUCUUUGAUCUUACAUCACCUCAGAACCAGAACACAGAAUUCAGAGUUUGGGAACAUGAAGGACCAAUAACAUGUCUUGCAUUGGAUUUGAAUAAGAUGUACAGUGGUUCAUGGGACAUGACUAUUCGUGUUUGGGAUCGAUCUUCUUUGAAAUGUCUGAAUGUUUUAAUGCACAAUGACUGGGUUUGGAGCCUUGCUCCCCAUGAUACUACAGUGGCGAGUGCUGCAGGCUCGGAUCUUUAUGUCUGGGACACUAAUAUUGGGUCUGAACUUGCUAUUGUCACCAAUGUUCAUGCUGGUAAUGCUUUUUCCUUGGCGCGAAGUCACACAGGGAAGCUCCUAUUCACUGGAGGGGAAGAUGGUGCUAUACACAUGUUUGAGAUCAUUAGAAAUGUUAAGUUUCAUGUCAAGCGUGUGGCAACAUGGAUUCCUCACUUGGGUGCUGUUUAUUCUCUUGCAUUUGAGUUCCCUUGGCUCGUUUCAGCUUCCAGUGAUGGAAAACUCUCACUUAUUGAUGUGAGAAAGCUGUUGAGGACAAAUCGGAGUUAUGUGGUGGAGAAGCUUUCAAAGGUUGACAAUAAGGUUAAAAAUGUAGAGCCACCUCAAAGAAUGUUACAUGGAUUUGGGAGCAAUCUGUUUGCUGUGGAUGUUGGUCUUGAUCGUAUUGUAUGUGCUGGAGAAGAAGGCGUUGUUAGGAUCUGGAACUUCUCAGAAGCUUUGGAGGUUGAGCAGAGAGUUCGAGCAUUAAGAGGACUAAGGUUGGAGAACAGAAUGAGGAGGCGUAAACUUCAGUCUGAAAUGACCAGUAAAGGUAGUCGUGGUGAUCAGUGCUCAGUUGCUGCUAAGAAGAAUCAAUUGAAUGGUGAUAGGAACAGCUGGCGCAACAGGCGUAGGGUGGCUGGAAAGCUGAAGGCGUAGAAAUUAUUGUAGUUUGUCAAUAUCUCCUAAAUAUGCUUUGCUCAUAGAUAAUCAUUGCAAAAGACAUAUCGUACUGUUUAAGUAGCUUCUGCAGUCUUACCCAUUUCUCAUUUACAUUGGCAUUCAAAUUGAAGGAACAAACUGUUCCCUUUGACAAACUACCCUUGUUUGGUCGAUUACUUGGUGUCUUAUGUCACUGACGGAGCGCUUGCCGAUGUUAAUUCCUGAUACAUUCAAAAUGCAAAAAUGCUUCUUUUCUGA